AUGGCUGAGGAGGAUCUCCGGGGUUCGAGCACCCCUUUCUCGCUCUCUUUCUCGGGCAGUGGCUUUCUCGCCCUGUACCAGGUCGGGGUGGUGCAGUCCCUCCUGGAGCUGUCUCCCGAAGUGCUCAAGUCAGCGUGCAAGGUCUACGGGUCAUCUGCCGGCUCGCUCAUCGCCGCUGCCGUGGUGUGCCGCAUCAGCCUCGAUGACUUAAAGGAAAUUUUCUUUGCCAUGAUAAACGAAGUGAGGAAAACCAUCUUGGGCCCCCUCUCUCCCAAGUGCAGCUUGCUGGCGAAAAUCAAGACUCUUCUGCAGCGGGUACUACCAGAAGACUCCUACCAGAUGGCUUCAGGGCGGCUGCACAUCUCGCUCACGCGGGUGGUAGAUGGCCAAAACGUCAUCGCCUCUGAGUUCAGCUCGAAGGAGGAGCUCAUCCAGGCUCUGCUCUGCAGCUGCUUUCUUCCCAUCUACUGUGGAUUCAUCCCUCCGUCCUACCGAGGUGUG